UGGUUGAUCCAGCUGGAGCUUUGCACACGCCUCCCCUCACACCCUGUUAUCUCUCCUCCUGGGCAGGGGAGGAGACAGCAGUAUAUUUAGUCUUUGUCCUCAACCCUUAUCUCAGUGUCCUCAGUGAGGCUUGAGCAGCCCAGAGGAGACCCAACAUCUAGAGACCUCCAAGGUCACCGGGGACACCCCUGUAGGACCCUCCAGGAAUCUUCCAUCCCCUUCUCUGCCUCUGGAGAGCAGCAUGGCGGAGAGCAGCCAUGCGGCUGGGGAGUCCCAGCCGGCGCCCGUCCCUGUCCGACGCCGCUCCUCUGCCAACUACCGAGCCUACGCCACGGAGCCACACGCCAAGAAAAAAUCUAAAAUCUCCGCCUCCAGAAAACUUCAACUGAAGACUCUGAUGCUGCAGAUUGCGAAGCAGGAAAUAGAGCGUGAGGCAGAGGAGCGGCGUGGAGAGAAGGGGCGCGUUCUGAGCACUCGAUGCCAGCCUUUGGAACUGGAUGGGCUGGGCUUUGAAGAGCUUCAGAUCGCAGAUCUGACCCAGAAGAUCUAUGACCUGCGUGGCAAGUUCAAGCGUCCCACCCUGCGAAGAGUGAGGAUCUCUGCGGAUGCCAUGAUGGAAGCGCUGCUGGGGACCCGGGCCAAGGAGUCCUUGGACCUGAGGGCCCACCUCAAACAGGUGAAGAAGGAGGACAUUGAGAAGGAAAACCGGGAGGUGGGAGACUGGCGCAAGAACAUCGAUGCACUAAGUGGAAUGGAGGGCCGCAAGAAAAAGUUUGAGGGCUGAGCACAUGGCUCUCACACUUUGCUCUGAGGAUGUCCCUGAGGAAUAAACCUCUCUAAAUUGGAA